UCAUGGGCAGGGACGGUCAGGAUGAGAAGUGAAGGGUUUUAAACCUAAGAAGAGCCGGGAGAAGGCUGGGAAUCCUGCUGGGCACAGGGCGACCAUUCCUGCCCCGGGCACAGGAGGCUCAUCCGCAGCCGAAAAUCCCUGGGAAUAUGGGGGACGCAGAACAGGACGCUGCUGCCUGGGAUUAUGCGGUAACGCACGGCAAGGAUUGCCCUCUGCUGCUAUGGACAGUUAAACCUUAAUUGUCCAGCUUUGAACUUGAAACCAGCAGCCAUAAUGCUGCAGAAGGUGAUCUGUAUCCUGCUGGUACCACUUGUAUUUAAAGCAACAGCAUUAAAUGCUCAGUCACCCCCAGGAGAACCAAGUGUCAGUCACUGCCGAUCCUAUGAGAAGGAAACGCUUACCUGCUGGUGGCAGCCCGGGUCUGAUGGUGGACUCCCGACUAACCACUCGCUAAUGUACUGGACAGAAAAAAAUAAAACACCAGUUGAGUGUCCAGAUUAUCACACUUCAGGUCCAAACUCUUGCUACUUCAGUAAAGCUCAUGUCUCCAUUUGGAUGUAUUAUGUUGUCAUCGUGAACGCCUCCAAUGCUCUCGGGUGGAACGCAUCUAAACUCUUUGGAUUUGAGGCACUUGACAUAGUGCAACCUUACCCUCCCAGAAACCUCUCCUUCUCCUAUGAGGGUUUAGAAUCCAGCUUGCCCUUUCUUAUGGUAAAAUGGAAGCCACCAGAGAAGGCUGAUGUUAAAACCGGGUGGAUGACACUAAAGUAUCAAGUGCGCCUUAGAGAGGAGAAGAAGCAAAUCUGGGAGGAACAUAUAGUUGAACAACAAACCAAGCUGAAAUUAUUUAGCUUAACCCCAGGAAAAAAUUACGUGGUCCAAGUACAAUGCAAGGCCGAUACCGGAAAAUGGAGCGAAUGGGGUGAGGAAGGUUAUGUUCAAAUCCCUGGAGUCACAAAGAAACGAGACCUGACACUCUGGAUAUCCAUCGCUGUGUUGUCGGUCAUCAUAUGCUUGACAUUGAUCUGGACAUUGGCAUUGAAAGGAUACAGUUGGAUGUCCUGUAUAUGUCCUCCUGUUCCCGGACCAAAAAUUAUGGGAUUUGAUACUCAACUACUUAAGAGUGGAAAAUCUGAAGACCUGUUGGGUGCUCUUGGCUGUCAAGGAUUCCCUCCAACCUCAGAUUGUGAAGACCUUCUGGUGGAAUUUUUAGAGGUAGAUGACAGCAAAGAGCACCUCAUUUCAAGUCCAGAAAGAGAACCUCAGUGCCAACACAUGAAAGUCAACCCUGUGGAUACAGACAAUGAUUCCGGCCGUGGAAGCUGCGAUAGCCCCUUUGCUCUUCUCGAAGGAACUAAGGACCAAAGAGUCUCAUCACAGGGUUUCGAAAGCAUCCAGAAUGGUAUCCAUGAUCACUUGACUGCCAAAUCUCCUUGGUCUCUACAAAACAAAGCACUGGACACAACAUUUUCAAAUUUCAGUGAUAACAAUUCUUUAAUUUGGUCUGAUGGUAAAACAUCCAGCAACCAGUCACCAAAAUCCAGUUAUCACAAUGUCACAGACGUCUGUAAGUUGGCGCUUGGUGUCAUGAAUGCCAGACUGUCGGAAUUUUCAAUGCCAACGGAAGACGAGAGACAACCUGUGUACUUUCGAACAACCGAGAACACUGAUGACAAUAAAUCAAAUAAACAGAAUGACUUGGGAGAUUUGCAUUCCAAGGGUGUUGAGGCGGACAUGUUGAACUUGCUGCUCAACGAGAAGACGCCCUUCAUGGCGCCUCGAUCAAUGGACUAUGUCGAAGUCCAUAAGGUGAACCAAAACAGUGCCCUAGCAUUAGUACCAAAACACAAAGAAAACAAAGUGCGAACGGACCAAUAUUCUAUACUGGUUCCAAACCAGGAAUAUUCCAAGGUGGAAAGGGUUGAGGCUGACAGCACGUUAGUGUUAAUGCAAAACCUAGAGCCUCAGGUAAGUCCGCCGAGUGAUGGAGAUGUCAUGAAGGAAUUCAUACAAAAGACCCAGACAACUCAAGCGGAAAAGCUCAUGGGCCUUUUAAAACCUGUUGUAAAUGAAGGUGAAAUGAAAAGUUUUGGAAUGGGUUACAUGGACCCAUCAAGCUUUUUGCCCUGAUCCCGUUGGAAUAGAACCAUGGUGGAGACGCCGAUGCUUGGCUCACCAGGAACUUGAGUCAUCACACAGUCACUUUAUCCCUCAAGAAUUAGUGAUAUCAUUAGUUUCGGUAUGGGCUGAGCCUCUUAAAAGGGCAGGAGAGAGGAGCUACUCAUUGAGUUGUUUACUUAUGACUGGCUUAUCAAAGGCAACAUGCGGAAUAGGACAAGUGAAACUCCAGGUCUAGAGAUGCACAUCUGCUUUGACCAUCAGGCCCACUAUUCCAAAGCGGAACAAAUUAUUAGGUUUUGCUUUCUGCCUUGUUGAGUGUUUUUUCUUGACUACCUUGUACUUUUGUCACUUUAUGUUUUGCAAUGUACACACUUUAAAACUGAAAUAUCCCAUAGAAACCGCAUCAGAUACAUGCAUCCACAGACAUUCAGUGAAGCCCAUGGGUGUUGAGAACCUAACUCUUCACACUGGGGGGCCGGGAGGGGUGCCCUCAUUUGUUUUCUCCAUAAGAGAUAAGUGACGAUUUAUGUGCCUGGCAGCCCCUUAUCUCCUCAUUGAAAUAGCAGCCGCUUUAGUCUGUUGAAAGCUGUUAUCUGAUCGGUUAGAAAUAAUGACACUUGCAAUUUCCACCUUCCAUUUAUGGAGCUUAAAGGGAGUGUUCAUUUGCUGUGACUCUCUUUAAGUAAAGCAGUGUGUACUGGGAUGAGAUGUUCUAGAAUGUCUAUGACACUCAGGCUCUACCUUUAUUCUCUUAAGUGCUCUCCAUAGAUAUUUUAUUCUUAAACAUUAUCCUUCACGACUUGCAUUGAAACUACCAGCUAGAUGUAAAAUUAACAGAAUAUUUUUAUAAGAUGUAUAUUGUGUCACUUUUGUUUUUCCAUGUCCUACUUGACAGCCAACUCAAGGGUUAAGUUUUUACUCGUAUGCUUUAUAUUGUCGACUUCUAGUCUGCACAUUGAAGGGUUUUGGAAUUUGCAGCUAUCACUGAACUGCACUUUCCAGCAUGUCGUAAGUCGUGUACUACUGCUGACUUCGGCUUUAGCAGCAGUGACAUCUGCUGGCCAUAAGAAGGUACUGCAGGGACUUCUCACAGUGAUUCUAGAAUUUUUUUUUACUUAGUGAACAUUAAAUAAUUUAAAACCUUGCUGGCAACCCAUGGGAACCUAGUCAUAUGGCUAAUAUAAUUCUCAAUAGUUCCUAAUAUACUUCCUGUUAAAUUUUGGGUCUAAUGUGUUGAUUUUGGGGAUGACAUAUAUCCCUAUCUCUACUCCAUUCCUUCAGCUGCGUUUCUCAAGAUUGCCCUUAUGGACAUACCGGAGUAACAAAUAGUGUAUACAAGCACUUAUGACAUUUAUUCAUUCCCAGUGAAACCCCUUUAAGUGAAGGUCUACCCUUAAAUCACACUUCACACUGUAAUUUUUCAAAUCAAAAUAGCUUCAAAAUGCUAUGCUAAUUAAUUUCUUACAAUACUUUUCCUGAUACAGAAUUCCAAAUUUCCCACAUAGACACACACAUUAAAUUCUGUCUGCCUGCAACCACCACUAGAGGGAGCUCAGGAAUGUACUAUUUAUAUACAGAGCUGAAGUAUGCAGUAAGUUUCUAAGCUCCCCCUAGUGGUGGCUGCAAGAAGACAGAAUGUUUUUUCUUUAUAACCCGUACCUAUGUAGGGGAUUUGGAGAUUGGUAUCAAAACAACUGAGCUACGAUUACAGCAAAGGUAUAUAAAGAAAUGAAUCAACACAGAACGGUGGACCUAAAAAUAUACUGAUUGAUAGCGGAGAUCCACUUUAAGCAAAUAUGUAGACCCUAGUGGCUGCAAAACCUCUUGCAAUUGUCACAUGAGUGAACUGUGAUGCAUACUGCAACUCUUUUAAUUAGUAAACAUAUACAGGUCACUUUUUGUCUCAUCAGCUUGUGCACUUUAAUAGAAGUUCUUCUUGCCUUUACCUGACACUCAGGAAAACAAUUUAAUUUCAGGAUUUAAAAUUAAUAACCCCUAAUAUGAAUAGCAGUCCAAACUAUACCCAUCACCUACAUAGGUAUAAUUGUAUAGUAAGUGCUACGCAGCAUUGUCACAUACUUUCCAGCUUAUAGGCUUUAUCUCCCUCUCUCACAGCAGCAAGUCUCAGCGCAAUCUCAAACCUUAAUAAUCUAGGUUACCUUUUGUCUGCUGUAGAUAAUUCUUAUAUGUUGGAAAUUGACAAUUCUCCUCCAGUCCUAGACAGAGAAGGUUUCCAUUACAGGAAUUGGGACCUGCAGUUCUUUAAACUUGAUAUUGUCCCAGUUCCUUUUUAUGUUAUUAUCUUCUCCGAGGCGAAGGAUGUCGAACAGUUUCUUGUCCAUUGUCAGAUGUUCUACAUUGCUUAAAAUACUCAGGCUGCACCUGUAAUCUUUUACAUGUUUCCUUUUUUUUUUUUUUCUUAAAGGGAUUGUCCAGUUUUCAGCCUUCACCUGCAAAUUACUGUAAUGUCUUAUAGGUCAUCUAACCACUUUCUAAGUGCCUCAGUCUAUGAUGCAGUUCUAACUCUUGAGAAUACCCCCAUAGAUUUAAAGGGGUUUUCCAUUUUCCGUAGAUCGUACUUUGUUAGCCCGGCAUUUUGCUGGUUUAAGAUUUAACGCAGAGAACUGAGUCCGACCUUGUUCUUCACCACUGCCACUAACUUUUCAGCCGUAGCCUAAGGCUUCGUUCACACCAGCGUUCAGCCUUUCCGUUCUCCUGCUCCGUUAUAGGAGCAGGAGAACGGAAAGGACGGAUUGGGCACAUAACUG